GAUGAUUAAGAGAAAAAAUUAGGGCGAGAAUCGCACGUCUCUCCUCUCUCUCUCUCUCUUCUGGUUUCCAUCCACUAUCGAGAUUUUGCAUCCACAGCACAUGGACUUCCUCACUUCAUCCAUUGAUUUAGUUUCGGUUUUUCCCCAUCUAUGGAGCCAUUUGCCUAAUGGACUCCGCCACAUGGUUUUGAAUUCCGUCUAGUCGUCAACUAUCCGACGGUUGGUUGGUGGUCGAAUUCUUUUCAACAACAGUUGCGAUGGUGCUUUUCGCGUACUCCCUCGAAUCAAAUUUGUUCCUUUUGUCUGCUCCGUAGCAUUGGCAUCGAUUCCACCCGCGUCCUUUCAUCCAUCCACUCCCGAACAAACAAAGCGAGGCCUCUCUCUGGCUUGCAACGCCGUCUAAUCUUUCACAACCCCCUGUGAAUACCCGAUUCGGAAGAGGUGAGCGUUGUUGAUAGAGCAACUUACGUUGAAUUAUAGAGUUCCUUCAGACUUGGAAGAUGACUGCAUCCAAGCCUAUGACUAGGAUGAUCUCACAUGUCAUUCUAGAUUUGGAUGGUACACUUCUAAAUACAGAUUGCAUUGUAAGUGAAGUAUUAAAAGAAUUUCUAGUCAAAUAUGGAAAGACAUGGAGUAGCACAGGAGUUCACAGAAUAGUUGGAAGGACGCCUCUUGAAGUUGCAACUGCUGUUGUGGAAGAUUAUGGACUCGCAUGCACACCAGAAGAGUUCAUGUCCACAAUUACUCCAAUGUUUUCUGACAAAUGGUGCAAUAUUAAAGCUCUUCCAGGUGCUAAUCGGCUAAUUAAACAUCUAAGGGGCAUGGGCGUGCCGAUGGGUUUGGCUUCAAACUCUCCAAAAUCAAACAUAGAAGCCAAAAUUUCUCACCAUCAUGGCUGGAAAGAAUCAUUUACUGCAACUGUUGGUGGUGAUGAAGUGGUAAUGGGGAAGCCAUCUCCUGCAAUUUUCCUUGAGGCUGCUAGAAGAAUGAAUGCUGAUCCUUCAAACUGCCUAGUGAUUGAGGAUUCAUUGCCUGGUGUCAUGGCUGGCAAGGCUGCAGGAAUGAAGGUGGUUGCUGUACCAUCUUUACCAAAACAAGCUAGUUCUUUCGGUUCAGCUGAUGAGGUGGUCAAUUCUUUCCUCGAUCUGCAUCCUGAAAAGUGGGGUUUGCCACCGUUUGAAGAUUGGAUAGAAGGUACUUUGCCCAUUGAACCAUGGUAUAUUGGAGGACCUGUUAUCAAAGGAUUUGGUCGUGGCUCAAAGGUACUUGGAAUACCAACAGCUAAUUUACCUGCAGAAAACUUCUCUGCAUUACUUUCGGAACAUGCUUCAGGAGUGUAUUUUGGCUGGGCUGGGCUAGCAACACAAGGUAUCUAUAAGAUGGUCAUGAGUAUUGGUUGGAACCCAUACUUCGACAACACUGAAAAGACUAUAGAACCAUGGUUGCUUCACAAAUUCAAUGAGGACUUUUAUGGAGAGGAACUGCGUCUUGCCAUAGUGGGCUAUAUAAGACCAGAGGCCAAUUUUCCAUCACUAGAGAGCUUGAUAGCAAGGAUUCACGAGGAUGGGAGAAUUGCAGAGAAAGCUCUAGAUCUUCCUACGUAUGCCUGCUAUAAGGAUUCACCAUAUUUAAGAAAUGCAUUGCGAUAGAAUGUCAUUCAUGAAGCAAGAUAGUGUUAGUUUAAAAAAGAGAAGGUCCUUGUUGAAGGGGCUCUGAAGAGAGAUCUUGCAUGAGAGAUCUCUCAAUCUAUAUAAAGGAAACAUUCCAUAUGAGAGGUUAGAACAUUCUAAUAUGUGCCAUAUAUGACUGUUUGAUGAGGCUUACCUCUUUCUUGUG